CUGUUCACCUGGAGACAGAGCCUGAAGAGGACCAUCACUCUCAGGCUCAGGCCACAGACCACAGGCCAACUAGACACGACAUUCAUCAACACGAGCUAACUGAACAAAGCACUCACAUUUCUGUUGAGGCUACCUCAGAUACCAAGCCACCAACUAGUGUCAGCUCAGAGAGUUCGUCUCAUGCCCUUUCACCAAAGCCUGGACAGAGAAGUCUUGGAAUUUUUAGUAGAGCGAAAGAGAAAAGAGAUGGAGUGCAGAGUUCACAAAUGGAAGAGGUGAAGUUAGAGGGGAAAGAACCAGUCAGCAUUCAUCUCUCCCAAGGUCCUGCAGACAUGGCCGUGGACAGACCUGCAAGUUUCAAACUAGUAGCUAAGCCCUUUGAGGUGACAGAGGCUAGAACACCACAACUUGCAGCACCACAGAACACUUCAUUUAAAGAAACAGUGAUCACAGAAUAUGUAGACACUCAGCAGGAUGCAACAGAAGGCAAAGCCGUUGAGAUUCCAGAGAGACUAUCCAACCUGAAAGCUUUCUCGGAGGAAGAUUACACUGGUCCAAAAACCCUAUUCACCAGAGAAGAAACAAGGCAGCAAGAUAUGUCCAAGACAGGAACAGAAGCUUCACAUGGCCCUCAGACAUAUGUGGAGAGCUUAAACAAUGUUUUAGUGCAAAAGGAAAUAUCAGUUGAUGAUACUUCCGAAAACAUUUUGUCACCACAAACUGAAUGUAUCCUCUAUGUCGAUUUAUCAAAAGAGGAUGGCACAUAUAGAGCGAAUCCGGUCCUCAUAUAUGAAGAGACAGAUGAUUCUUUAACAGGUUCAGUGACAGAUUUUCAGGAAAACAUCAUCAUUCCUGUUCCUUCCUCUGUAGCUUUCAAUGCCCAAAAGCAGUGGGAGGGUGAUCCUGUCUCUCUUCCUAGACAGUCCGACUCCAGUCCUCAAGAGGACAGGCCAGCCAAGAUCACUGAGCUUAAACAUUUCUGGGAAACGGAAUAUACUGGAACCAGGGUGAUCACUGCAAAAAUGAAGGAAGCCUCACGCAGUGCAAUACCCAGUGAAAAAGGGCUCUCCCCUCAGUCGGAUCUGAGAACACCCUUAGAUAACAGAGAGAAGUCUGAGGGAGAGGGUCAAAUGUCUCCACACAAAGCCAAGUCCAAUAUUGUUUUGAAAUCAUUGAAGGUGACAGACAAAGGAUUUGUCAGUCAGAGUCCAGAUAGGUCACCUGUGAGGAGUGCUGGUCCUGCCAUAGUUGCACUGUCAACAGAUCAUCGACACCAAGGCAAGGUUGACACGGAGCCUCGAGAGAGGCCCCUCGGUCCUAGUAAAUCCCAAAUCCCGAGAUCAAAAGAGCAGGAUAACGAAGUCAGGAUGAGUCCAUCUAAGACUUGCCAUCCAAGAGUGCUACCUAGAGAAUCAUCCAGUCCUAAGAGAUCCCGACUGGAGGCUUCUCCCUUGAAAACCUUCCCGAUAGACAUCAACCCUCAAACCAAGGUUGCUGAGGAGCAACACCGGAAGCCGUCACCAGUUCCAGGACAGAAGAAGAGUCCCUCACAUGGAGCAAAGCAGACAGUAGUAACAGAAAGGAAACCAAGCACAGAUAUCACCUCAGGUCCCAUAGCUUUACACAAAGAGGACGGAGGGGCUUACUAUGAUAGUAUAAACACGCAGCAUUGUAAUUCAAGCCCUCCUACUUCACCUCAAUCCAAAACAGCGUCAGAGAAUAAAUUGGGGACCUUUGCCAACCUUGCCAGAUCUUUCAUCCCCCAGGAUCAUCAGUACUACCUCGGGCCUCAGGAGAAGGCCCAUGUCCCUCCUUUUCACCCAGAUAAAUGUGUUGCUGAAGAGGCUGAUGCAGUACACAGUCCACAGAGUUUCCUCAGAGACUUUGAGGGAAACCAGGGUGACGAUCCCACUGAGGGGACUCUUACAAGAAUCAGUUCUUGGAUUGUGCAAACAAAAGAUGGAAACUCCAGCCAAGAAACAACUACCAGGGCCGGUUCCCUGUCUCGGGCAAGUUCAGGCAGUCAUGACUCUCCUAUCGUGUCUGCUCUGAAAAGAUUAUCCUCAAGGAUGUCUUCGUCCAAAAGUCUGGAAAACCUCACCUCACAAUCAAGAGAAGAACAUGACUCAAGACAGCAAAUGAAUUCAAGUGUGGAUGAUGCGUCAUCACUUCCCCCCCCGGCCUCUUCCCUCUCCAACUCGAAGCAGAUGAAGACCAGUGUGUCAGUGCCUGUUCUCCAGCAGGACGAGACUGACAGUGACAGCACAUUUGAGAAUAACCUGGGCAGGAGAAGAAACACAGGCAGCUCCACAUCGAACAUAAGUCUUUCCUCUGGAAUGGCGUCCAUGUCGUCUGUCAGUGGCAGCGUCAGCAGCAUUUCCCCUGCAGACUUUGGUGACAUCGAAGUCCAGGGAAACAUCCAGCUUGCUGUGAACUACAUCCAGAAGCUCGGAGAGUUUCACAUCUUUGUGGUGCACUGCAGGGAACUGGCCGUGGCCGACUCCAAGAAGAACCGCUCUGACCCGUAUGUGAAAUGUUAUCUUGUUCCUGACAAAACAAAGUUGGGAAAGAGGAAAACCACAGUAAGAAAGAAGAAUUUAAACCCCAACUACAAUGAAAUCCUGCGGUUCAAAAUCAUAAUGGAGGUGUUAAAAACGGAGCGUUUGAACGUCUCAGUGUGGCACAACGACACCUUUGGGCGGAACAGCUUCCUGGGCGAGGUGGACCUGGAUUUGUCCGAGUGGGACUUCAGCAACACACAGAUCAAUGAAUAUGCAUUAAAAGCCAGGGAGUCGGCACAAACCUCAGACCUCCCGUCUCCCUCCCGUCUGAUGGACAGCAGAGGACAGAUGAGACUGGCCCUGAGAUUCCUGCCGCAGACCUCGCACAGCAAGAGGACAUCUAGGAUGGAGACUGGCGAGGUGCAGAUUUGGGUGAAAGACUGCAAGAGUCUCCCUUCUGUCAGGGGAGUGAUGAUCGACCCAUUUGUGAAAUGCACUGUACUACCUGACAGGAGCAGGAAAAGCCGGCAGAAGACGCGCGUGGUGAAGAGGACCGCCAACCCCAUGUUCAACCAUACCAUGGUGUACGACGGCUUCCGGGCCGAGGACCUCCGAGAGGCCUGUGUGGAGAUCACAGUGUGGGAUCAUGACCGGCUGAACAGCCACUACAUUGGCGGCUUGAGACUCGGGCUCGGGACAGGGAAGAGUUAUGGGCUGGAGGUGCUUUGGAUGGAUUCGACGACGGCUGAAGCAGAUUUAUGGCAGAGGAUGUUGCAGUCGGAUGGCGAAUGGGUGGAGGAGGUUUUACCUCUGAGAAUGUUUGUGUUGGCAAAAAGCAACUCCAAGUGAGAUGGUGCCAAGUGUGUCUAUAAAUGUGUGGAAACCGUGUACAGUCCGAUGGUUAGAUGUACACUUUGAGUGGAGGCAGAAGCCUUAAUGAGCACCGUGUAUGCGUCUGUAUAACUGAUGAUUUGUAUGAUAAAUGAAUACACCGCAUGAUUAAAUUUGCUGUCUCAAAAUUAUCGUUUGUAGAAAUGAUACAAAAUAGUGCAGAGGACACACAAUCCAAGCUACAGUAUAAAGCAUACAAAUUGUUGAGAUGUGAAGAUAUAUUUGAUCUGAGCACUUGUGAUUUGGUUUAUAGAGCCGUUGUUUGACUGUGUGAUUAUUGCAUCAAGCACGUGUAUCUUCAAUAAACAGAAUAUUAAGGUGA